AACCCGGGAGGAAGAAGAACUAACUUAAUGACGUAGUUAGCCAGAAAAUGGCGGUCAUGAAAACGGCGGACUGUAAAAAAAUCACCUGUUAUAAGUGUUCAUUUUCAACGGGGGCUGAAUGAAGAUUUACUGAUAAGCAGAGUAAAACGGAGUGGAGGUAAUCAAUGUCGUAAUAAUGGAGACCCCCGAAAACAACGUGGAAAGAGACAACCAGUCAGGUGUUGCUGAGCUUCAACUGAAAGUAGAAUUCCUAAAGCAAGAACUUCACGAUUGCAGAGCUGAGUUGGCAAAGUUACAAAAACAACUGAGUCACUCUGAAAGACUGCAGAAAAACACAGACAACUAUAAUGAAGACCUGAGGAAACAGGUUGACCAGCUGAGCGCAGAGAUUCACCAGAGAAAGAAGAAAGUCAAAGACAGAAUAGACUGUGAAACUCAGACAGAAGAGUACACCUGGUCUGAAACAGAUUAUUACAAUUACUACUAUGGGAACAGCUAUGAGAACACAGAGACUACUGAUGUUCAGGGUCCUACGGCCACAGUGGGACAGGACCCGUCUGAGGCCAACGAGGCCCCAGUGGUUCCAGCUGCCUCUGAGGCUGUCCCAGAAGUGACUGUUCAGCCAGACACUCACACCGCACCAAAGACAGAGGAUGGCGAGGAGGGCUCCAUAGCAGACAUGCUGAGGGCUACUGCUGAGCAGGCCAUGACCCAGACGGGCUUCGUGUUUGACGAGACCACCGGCAUGUACUACGACCACAGCACGAAGUUCUACUACGACUCGGCUAGUCAGCUGUACUACGAUAACAACACGGGCAUCUACUACUGCUACGACGCAGAGAGUGGGCGCUACCAGUUCCAUUCGAAGAUAGAGGUGUUGCCUGCACACACUGAUGCAGAGCCAGGCCAAGACCAUAAGCCUGCGGAGAGGAAAGGGAAGACGUCCAAGAAGGGCACCAAGAAAGCCUCUCAGCCGAAUCACAAGGAGCCGUCGUACGAGGGCAUCAAGCUAGAGGAGGAAGACGAGUGGGUGGAGCGGCGGCCGACCAAGCGGAGCGCCGCCCUACGGAAACCACGGCCGCAGUCUUCCAGCCCCGACAUAUCCCCGCGCCGGAAAGACUCCUCGAGGUCCCGGCAGGAGAGGAAGAAGCCCGCCGCGAAGAGGAAGAAGCAGAAGAGCGACUCCCGCUCCCGCUCGGACGACGAGGGCAGCGCCCGGAAGAAGAGGAAGAAGUCCAAGACGGAGAAGCACAAGGCGAGCAAAAAGAAGAGCAAGAAGAGUAAGAAGAGCAAGAAGAGCAAGAAGAGCCGAGGCUCGGACAGCGACGACUCGGACGGAGACAGCGAGCCUGAAGAGGGCGAGCUCACCGAGACGGAGGGAGAGAGGGAGACUAGCCCCUCCCCGUCGUCCUCGUCCUCCCCCGCGGGGGGCGAGGCCGAGUCGGACAUGGAGGCCGAGGGCCAAGAAGCAAAAACAGACAUCUGGCCACCUUGUGUGAGGGUGACUGUGGUGAGGUCCCCGGUGCUCCAGGUGGGCACGCUCUUCAUCAUCACAGCAGACGCCCAAGCCACCAUCGGCAGAGAGAAGGAUAUGGACCAUGCGAUACGAAUAGCCGAGAUGGGAGUCAGCAAGUGCCACGCUGUGGUCUACUUUGACCAAGACCAACAAUGCUACAUGCUGGUGGACCAGGGCAGCCAGAACGGAACCGUGCUCAACGGGAACCGAAUCCUGCAGCCAAAGAUAAAGUGCGAGCCCUGUGCACUGACGCACGGGGACGAGGUGAAGAUGGGGGAGACGGUGCUGUCCUUCCACAUCCACUCUGGGACUGACACCUGCGACGGCUGUGAGCCCGGCCAGGUGAUGGCCCACCUCAGCAAGCACAAGAGGGCGGUGACGCCAGUUCCCAUCGGCCCAAUCAAAGAGGAGAAGGAAGUCCUGCGACAGAAGGAGUUGCGGCAAAUGAAGGCUAAAUAUGGCCUCAAGAGCAGUGAGUUUGAGGAGGCCAAGGCCCUGAAGAACCCCCGGUACCAGGACCGUGCCGAGAGCCGCAGGCAGACGGUGGGCAGCGACGGGACCUUCCAGCGGGACGAUGCGCCGGCCUCGGUCCACGUGGAAAUCAGUGAUGUCAAUAAAGGCCGGAAGAUGUUGGAGAAGAUGGGCUGGAAGCGUGGAGAUGGACUGGGCAAGCAAGGGAAGGGAAUGAAAGAUCCGAUCCAGCUCAAGGUCAGGAAAUCAAAGUCGGGUCUGGGAGCCGGUGCCGUCGUUUCCGCGGAAGACGCCGCACUCCUCGCCCCAUCCAGGUCCAGCAGUAACUGGCAGAAAGCCCGCGAGAGGUUCGCUGACACCUGCCAACCGGGGCCGCCGGUGGCCAAGGAGAGGUCCCCCAAAGCCUGGCUCAAAGCAGAAGACCCAGCCACCACGGACCCACAACCUGAAGACGGCCCCCCAACGCAGGGGAGCGGAUAAGCUGUGAUAGACAACGCAAAUGAAUCCCUCAAGCGCCAAAUAAAUGACAUUGAGUUGGAACGAGAGGAGCGUGUUCCAUCUGAUUUUAUGAGUACGGCAAUGGCUUGUAAAACAACUAUUUCCUGGUAACCUGACAAACCUGCUGCCACUCUGUUUACUUUGCAUACGGUCUCUGCAGCUGUCUUGGGCAACUGUUAGUGUCCUUAGUGCUUGUCCUGUAUUUUUUUAACUGAGUGUGUUCAGUUAUUUUUUUAUCGUGAAAUGUAUGAUCAUUGUGCUAUUUUCUCACUGCCGAUUCUAAAUGUCCAUAUAUACAUUUUCAGACCAGAACUAUGGUUGAAGGAUUAAUUUAACUGAUGUCACAACCUCAAUAAAGGUUUCUGUUGCAUUCAGCUAUAA